AUGAAUCCCAGAACAAUCUCAGCACCUUGCGCUGGCAAGACAGUCGUUAUUACGGGCGCGGCUGAAGACCUUAGCCAAGCCGCCGCCGUCGCUUUUGCUACUGCAGGAGUUAAGCGCAUUGCCAUGGUGAACAGCUCAGGUACUUCAGAUGCAAUUGAAAAAGCUUCCCAGGAUGCUGCAGAAGCUGGACGACUGGCCCCUGAGCUGUUUUUCUUUCAUCUCAUAAUUGGUGAGCCUGCUAGUAUCGACACUGAGCUUCCCGAGAUCCACUCGAGACUGGGACAUGUCGACAUUCUCACUAACGCGACAGAACAUAUCUCUCUAUUUAAUAUACAGCGAGGAACUAUAGCAGCAAGUGACAUUUGCUCGUGGGAGGUCUUGGAGGCCAGCGUCGAAGAUUCAUUCGUUGUCGCUCGCAUUCUGCUGCCGCUCCUGCUGAAGGGAACCGAAAAGACGUUUGUCAAUCUCAUUUCAGCCAGAUCGCCUUUGCCCCAACCCACUUCCGGAACGCAUGGUUUGUCUGAAUUUGCUAUGAUACAUCUCUCUGAAUGCUUGAUGCUCGAUUACGGGAACAAGGGACUGCUGGCAUAUUCGCUGCAGCCAGGUCACUAUAAGGCCGAAGACAUGGUGAAUCUGAAACUGGCAUGCGAAGUCCUCGUCUACCUGCCUAGCGAACAGCGCGAAUGGCUGGGUGGUAGACACUUAAAAUGCGAGGAUAUGUGUGAUGUGAUUUCUCGCGAUGACUGGGAUGCGCAGAAUGACUUGCUAAAGAUAGGCACAUCCGUGAAGAGGAUUCCCGCGGCGCCUGAGAAGAGGAGGGCUGAGAAGAGGAGGGGGCGCGUGCCUAGAAGUAGCUACUGA